AUGGCAUUGUUGUCCUCGUACAUCGCAAGUUUGAACUUCACUCUUCCUUCCACACUCGCACCAUCAGUAGAAUACGAUUACGAGUACAAUUGGAACGAAACAUGUCAAGAUUUCCAGCAGCCGAUCAUAGAGACCUUCAUAUGGACUUUACUUUUUGGCUCGAUAAUUGUAACCGCUGCGGUGGGAAACUGCAUUGUUAUGUGGAUCGUCCUCGCCCAUCGCCGUAUGAGAACCGUAACCAACUAUUUCAUUGUUAACUUAGCUCUCGCCGAUGCCCUAAACGCGAUUUUUAAUAUCUCGUUCACUUUCACCUACGUUCUGCGAAACGAUUGGUAUUUUGGAAAUGCUUAUUGCAAGAUCGUACGAUUUAUCUCACCAUUAACAGUAGCUUCAAGUAUAAUCACUCUAAUGGCUAUAAGUAUAGACAGAUAUAUCGCGAUAGUUCACCCCAUGAGACCGAGGAUGUCUAAGGUCCUCGCUAAAACGAUUAUCGCCGUCGUGUGGAUUGCGUCAGCCGCAAUCGCCCUCCCUUGGCUUAUAUUCACCAAUAUUGACUUUGGAGCUUGUCCUCCGCCAGCGAUUACGGACACGCCCAUUUACGUACGAAAAGUCUGCGCUACAAUAUGGCCCGACCAAGGAAAAUUAUGGAGAUUGGUACUUCUGGUAUGUCUUCUUAUAACAGAUGAUAUAAUGAAAUACUAG